AUGACAAGUGUAACCGGAAAAAAGAAGAAGAUUGGAUUAUUUCUUUCAUUCUGUUUCUUUUCACAGUUCGAUUCGGUGUCGCUUAGACGCUUUGGGAAUGAAGAUGAUGAGGAAGAGGCCGAAGGACUCGCUCAUUUAUUUGAAAUUGAGGGAGUGAAGAUUGCAUCAUUAACGAUGAUUGCACUAGUGUCAACUAAUAUCGACAUUUACUGA